AUGGCACAAAUAAUUGCGGAAGAUCGCCUGAGACUAACAUACUUGGUCAGACCUCAGAUCACGCCAUUGCAUGUCUUCAAGAGUGGUACCUUGGCCAUUGGAUCCCGAAAUGUAGCUCCUCUCGCUCGAAGCACUAGCUCACCAUAUAACGUGAGCCGUCUACUAUCGGAUGCUACUCAGCCGGAAAGCACCACUCAAGAUAUCAAUGCUACGAAUGAUGCAUUUGAGGCUAAGAAUGCUCAAUUGGCCUACAAUGCAGCUCUGAGAAACGGCAAUGUCGUUUUCCGAACUGAUGGUAAGAAUGAGGCAGCGCCCUUCUGGCAAUUUUCACAGUGGAUCUCUAUAUCUCAGUUUCCUGACACAUUGGGACCUUCAGAGAGAAUUGCCAGUGUCCCAAGUGCAUUCAUCCGGACACAAGGCAACGAAUUGUCGACACCUUCUCGCUCUCACCCCGUGUCAAAGCCGAAGAAGUCCAGAGAAAGGACGGCGAUGACGUCUACAUCAAAUGUGAGAGCUCGUCCAAGUACUAUGCUGUUAAUAUCCAACACUCACACUGCCCCAGGGAGCGAUGGACAUGAGAGCACAUACUCUUGGAAGUGGCUUUCGACUCAUAGGGGAAAUAACAAACCACCAAUCCAGUCGCGGACAGUACAGCCAAAUAGACUUCCGAGGUCCUUCAAGGCAUAUGACCCUCAAAAGGGCGAUCCAUAUCCUGAGGUGGUGUAUGAAGAGGUGAUGUCUAAGGAUACGGCAGUAUUGGAGUGGUUGGAGAAUAUCUGGACAUGGGGCUUCUGCUUCGUGAAAGGUGUUCCUGUCAACCCUGAAUCAACCAAAACUCUAAUCGAGAGAAUCUCCUUCAUUCGACACACGCAUUACGGUGGUUUCUGGGAUUUCACUGCGGACCUUACCUACAAGGAUACAGCAUAUACGAACGAAUGGCUCGGAGCUCACACAGAUAACACCUACUUCACUGAUCCUGCAAGGCUACAGCUUUUCCAUCUGCUCUCUCAUACCGAUGGAGACGGUGGAAAGAGCUUACUCGUGGAUGGCUUUGCGGCUGCCAGAACGCUCGCCAAAGAGAACCCAGGCUUUUACAACACCUUGACUAACUCUCGGCACCCAUGGCAUGCAAGCGGCAAUGAGGAUGUCUGCAUUCAACCUUCCGCCAUGGCACCUGUCCUCAACGUUCACCCUGAUACCAAGGCCGUUUACCAAGUCCGUUGGAACAACUAUGACCGUGCACCAAAGACCAACUGGCACACAUCGGAGCAAAGGGAGUGGUACAUGGCAGCUCGAGCCUACAACGACCUGUUGACCAAGUCAUCAAAUGAAAUUUGGACACAACUACAGCCAGGAACAGCACUGAUCUUCGAUAAUUGGCGAAUGUUGCAUGGCCGCUCCGAGUUUACUGGGAAACGUCGCAUGUGUGGAGGCUACGUCAACAAUGAUGACUUCGUCUCACGCCUACGACUUUUGAAGUUUGGCCGCCAGAGUGUUUUGGACAAUCUUGGCAACACUGGGGGCUGGAGGAACCGUAAUAACCCCUACUCUAUCUAUUAG